AUGAACCAGCAACAGCCGUCCUAUAUGGACGCCCAACACGCGCCGCCGCCCGCACCACAGCCCGUCAUGCCGCAAUACUCGUAUGGACAGCAACAACCACUGCAGCCCGCAACACACAGCUAUCCGCCGCAGUCGUAUCCCCAAUACUCUUACCACCAGACCAUGCCUCCAAUGUCCGCUCCCCACCCGGUCACUUCCUCGAUGGGCCAGCAGAUGGUUCCGCAGUCGUCAGUGCCUCUAUCGACCAUGGCUUCAAAUGCGCCUCCUCCUCCUCCUCCCGCCAGCCAGUCAUAUCAGAGCUUCGACCAGACUGGUCAAAUGGCACCGCACGGAAUGAAGCCUCGAGUAACGGCGACGCUGUGGGAGGACGAAGGUAGCUUGUGCUUUCAAGUGGAAGCGAACGGUGUGUGCGUCGCUAGACGCGAGGACAACUCCAUGAUCAAUGGGACCAAGCUUCUUAAUGUUGCUGGCAUGACGCGUGGUCGUCGAGACGGGAUUCUCAAGAGCGAGAAGACGCGCCAUGUUGUAAAGAUUGGCCCCAUGCACCUCAAAGGCGUCUGGAUACCCUUUGAACGCGCCCUUGAUUUUGCCAACAAGGAGAAAAUCACCGAGCUGCUCUAUCCGCUGUUUGUUCACAACAUUGGCGCUUUGCUCUAUCAUCCUAGCAACCAAGCUCGAGGCAGCAUCGGGAAUGCUGCCAUGUCCGCCGCUACGCGCCGCCCAGAGUCGCAAGAGUACAUGCGGACGCCUCAGAGCUCGCAGCCGCCAACAUUGACCCACCAUCAUUCUAUGGGAACUCCCAUCGGUGCAAAUGUCCAGCAACCACCGCACUCAAUCGCGCCGCACCCAGGUUCUGGUAGGCCUGGACUUGAUCGAGCUCACACCUUUCCAACACCACCGACAAGCGCAUCAAGCUUAAUCSGGCAAGGAGGCUAUGAGUACAGCGGGCAGAAUGGUGCAAUCCACUCAGGUCAGCCUCUCUCUAUUGAUACUGGAAUUUCCGCAAGAUCUAUACCAACGACCCCAGCCACUACACCACCAGGCAAUGCUCAGAGCAUGCAAUACCAGACGAGUCAGCCACAGUACGACGGUCAUCGUCAAAUGUACUCCGCACCUGCUCCGUACAGUCAGCAAUACUCCCAACAGCCGAGCAUGAAUCGCUAUGGUCAGAUGCAGACGAGCCCAGGCGACGUCAAGACUGACAUGGGCCCUCCUGCCCGUGCGGGUGCAGAGAAUGAGCAUUCUGAGAGCAAGUCUCAUGAUGGUUACGGCGGUCAACAGGACACCGCAGGCGAACAUGAGGGUGAAUAUACCCACUCCAGUGCGUCUUAUGGMGCCAGACGGCCCUCGUACAGCUACAAUCCUAACCCUGCACCAGGGACUGUCCACCAGGAUUCGUCACAAAUAGGCGCGGAGAUGACGCACUCGCCGCACCAGAAUGGCGCUGGAAGGGCCACUCCACGCACUACUGCGACCUACACUGGCUACAACACGACUCCGCAGCGGACGAGUCAGCUACCGACCAGCAACCUUAACUAUGUGAUGAGUAGCGAUGCUCGCGCUGGAGCCCCAAAUGGCCACGACUCUGGCUACCAGUCGACCUACCAGCCAUCUCCAGGAUAUCCUUCGACGAACGGCAACAGCAUGAACGCUGGUCAGAAGCGUGUUCGCGAAGUAGACGACCAGGAAGAUCCAUACGGCAGGCCGCUCAGCGCCAAUGGUGAUUCCGCGCUCAAGAGACAGCGCACUGAUCCUGUGUCUGCUCGACCCAUUAGUCAGCCCCAGUCCGUCAAAGCUGGCGGCAUGAGACGAUGA